CACAACUGGCAACGUGUUACCCCUGCUGGCUCCUAGGCGUGUGUGAUGGUGUACAGUGGGCGUCUGUGGCCUGAACUGGGGCGUUUGUGGCUUGUAUAAGGGGCAUGUGUGGCCUGUAAAAGGGACGUGUGUGGCCUGUGUGGGGGCGUGUGUGUGGACCUAUACUGAAGACCCAUAAACCUAUCCUACUACCGGCUGAAACAAUCAAAGAUCAACACAAUGCCACGACCCUCCAGCUCAAUUUUGAUUUUAAUGCUGAUGGAAGUAUCAACUUUAGGCACUAUGUGGACAUCAGGUGCCAGAGUGCCAGGUUCAGCAGGAGGAACAUUGUCACACUAUCAGCUGGUGAACAAACAAUCCACCUUCUGCCAGUACAGGGAGUCCAUAAUGAUGUGUGACUUCAAAUGGUACAAUGAGCCGGUGUACGUGGAGGCGCAGCCAGCGAUGGAGGGAGACCUGGACAAGAUGCUCCUCCGCCAUGUCCACAACCUCACCCUUGACCGCUCAACCUGCGUCGACCUCAGCCUUACACACGUCGCUGAAGCUCGAAGAGAGGGAGAGCCUUUAACAUCUCCCUCUUCCUGCUCGAAGAUGAAGCUCACCCUCCGCAACGUCUCCCUCGAACUCCUGUCGGACCCCGUGACCAGCGUGUACGCCCACGAGACCAAUAUCAAGGAGGUGCGCCUCGGGGUCCUGGAGGGUCAGAUGACGAUCAUAGGGUCUCGUCUGGGGGUGGUGGACAUAAGGGAGGUAAGGAGUCACAAUAGCGUCUCCGUCAAAAUCCACAGCACCACCAUACAACACCUCCAGCGUCUCCACGUCAAGGAGUCAGCAGGGAUUCUUCUUCAUAACUGCACGGUUGAGAAAGCUUCACAGGAAGCACUUGUUCUUCUCUCUACCGGCAAUACUUUGAAUAAAGUCAAGUUUGUGGCCGAUUAUGACACUCCUCCGGCAGGCGUGGUUCUGACCCCUGGCGCUGACGUGACACUGGAAGAUAUAUCAGGCAAGGUGAAGAUAUCCUCCCUAGCGUGUCCCAGCCUUACUGCAGGUCCUUUCAUUACUGUUUCGGAUCACGAACCACAAACUACUUUAUCGGAGACAGGAGGGUGUAACGAAGAGCGGCAGACUGACGAGAAUAAAUUCCAAUUGUUGUGUGCCAUCCUGGCCACAUCUAUAACGGUGAACAUUAUCUUUGUGUGCUACAUCAAUUGUAUGAGGAAAAAAAAUCAGGAGGGCGCCUCAAGAGGUCGUCAUAAAUAAGGUCAGGAAGUAGGUGACCCACUGUUGCCACCAGAUGUGGAGUCUCAGGUUUACAACACCGCCCCCAUCACUACCAAAUCCAAGUCAACGUCGACUCUUGACAAAAGUGAAGGGACGAAGACACUUUUCUCAACACUGUUUUUUUCCUCCUCUGAGACCAUAUCUACCACUUAUGGUAGGACAGCGGCGCCAGGACCCUACAGCCAGAGUUCCACUUGGCAACAUAAACCCAGGGUCAAAUCCGUGAGUGUGGGCUUACUCUCCACACCACAACACUACGACUACAGCCAGCAGGUUAAAUAUUCAUCUGAGCGAACCGUGGAUUGCCGAGCGGCUCCAGCGCACCUCACACCCGAAAUUAACUGCAGAAUGAGUUUGUGUGUUAAGUGUGUGUGAGUGUGUUGAGUGCGUGUGAGUGUGUUGUGUGUGUGUGUGAGUGAGUGUAUUAAGUGUGUGAAUGAGUGUGUUAAGUGUAUGAAUAAGUGUGUUAAGUGUGUGGAUGGGCGUGUUAACUGUGUGAAUGUGUGUUAAGUGU